AUUCCACGCGAACGCUUCGGCGGUGUCUAGCGCUUUCGCAUCGGAAAUAUAAAGAAAAUGUAUAAAUUAAUUUAAUGCCGCCUGCCAAGAAGAGUUUUUGGUCCUUUCAAAUAGUUAAGACAGCUCUAGGAACUUUUUAUUUUGAUUUUCCCCAAUUGUUUUUUCAUAGACAUGCUAUUGUUGUUUCAUUAUUUAUGGGAGAUUUUAUACAGUGUAUCUGCUGUUGAAUAAGAAAAUAUAAGAAAGAAUAUGACAACUGAUAUGAACGUCAACCGCUCUUACUCUGAGAUUUUACGAAGGCCCAUAUCGGAUUCUUCAGAUAACGGCUUCUACCUAUGGCUGAUCGUGGGGUGCAGCUUAGGGGGUGUUCUGCUUCUCACCAUCAUGAUAGCCUUGCUCAUGUACAUCCGGAGGCGUAUUCGUCUGUCCAAGAAGGGCACCGACCUCCUGGAUUCCAGCUACAUUCCGGGUUCGGAAUUCUGCCCUCAACAAAUGAUUUCCAGUUUUUCAUCAUCAACCUCUGACGAUGUUUCGGAUAGUCAGGCUCCCAUUGGAAAGCAGUUUCGACGACCCUUGGGUCCCUCAUCUUCUCUGGAUCCGACCAGCCUCCUGAAGCUGACCUCGGAAUGUGUGCAACCUCGACCGGCCCUCACUCGGUGGCACACUGUUGCUACGCCCCACUGUCAAACGACGGCUGUCCUCGGAACCCUCGAUGCUGAAAGAGAUUCUGACGAAGAAGAGUCUCAUAAUCCUCCUUGUCUGCACGGACGUCUUUGGUUCUCAUUGCUCUACAAUUCGGAGGACAACCGACUUGAAGUGACGCUCAUAAAGGCCAAGUAUUUACCAGGUCGUGGAUUGGUGAAUGCUCCAAGAGAUCCGUUCGUGAAAGUGUUUCUUCUGCCAGACGAAGAGAAUUUUCACCAAUCCAAGAUAAGGAAGAGAACUCUCACACCCAAGUUUAAUGAGACAUUCGAAUUUAAAGUGUCUCCAGACGAUCUGCCGAACAGAACUUUGAAAUUAUCCGUAUACGACGUGGACAAGCGCAAAGUUCGUCACUGCUUAGGUCACGUGCUCUUCCCACUCACGAAAAAUGACAUGAUGUCUGGCGACACCAUGUGGAGAGAUUUGGAACUCGCAAUACAGCCAGCUGCACACUUGGGGGACCUCCAGUUGUGUCUGUCUUGCAACCCUUACAGCAACCGCAUCAAGGCCACCGUUUGCCGGCUUAGAAAUUUGAAAGGGAUUACUUCUGAUGAUGCUGUUCUAUAUGUGAAAGUUCAGCUCUACCAUGGCCGUAAGAUGAUUAAGUCAAAGCGGACGGUGCCACAGUCAGUAUCCAGUCAACAGGCAGAGCUCAUCUUCGAUGAGACCUUCAGUUUCGGAGUAUCUGGCCGCUUCUUCGAUUCGUGCAGCUUCACUUUCAGCGUUAUGCUGGCUGGAUCCAGUCCGAUGGUCAAGGACACCGUUCAUGGGAAGGUGGUUAUCGGACCCUUUAUGUAUGCCAGAGGAGAGCAGCUGCAGCACUGGCAGGAGAUGCUCAGCAAUCCCAGGAACAUGGUGAUGAGAUGGCAUAGUCUAGAAGCCCCAAAGAGGGUAUAGAGGACUUUAUUUCUCCCAUUUUUGUUAAAAUAUUCCCAAAGGUUUCUCUCCAUUUCGAUGCUCAAUGCAAAAGGAUCCUUUGGAAAUAAUUGUCCUAUCAAUGCACAUAUAUAGCUGUUUUCGGUUAAUAUCUAAUGGAUAAUGUUGUGAAGAAUCUCAAAUUGAUGUUGGCAUUGAGUUAGUAUAUUCAAAAACGGCAGGCACCCAAUGUUCAAAUUAAUGUCAUGUUUUGUUAGCGUAAUUUUUGGAGAGAGACAGAUAAUUGCAUUACUGUAUUUAAUAAACUCAACUGUAUACAUCAACUGAAUCAUUUUCAAUGGAUACAUCAAACAUGCAUCUUAGAAUGAAAUAAUCGAAACUGAUCUGACUAUUUAAUCACUUUAUAGAAUUUAGUAUUUAUGUGGGUAAAGGAAAUGAAUUCUGAUGAUUUUUUAAAUACUUUGUACAGUUAAAAAAAUCAGUGUUGGGUGAAUAGGACACUGUAUAUAUGCACCAGGAUCUCUUUCAAAUGUAAUAGUUGUAAUAUAUCCUGAUAAAAAAUAGUACCCUAUAAUUAUUAUCUACAUGAGUCUGUAAUCUUUAUAAUAAUUAUUUAAUACUGCUGUGAGUUAUAUCAUUUUUUAUGUAACAAACUACAAUGAGUUUCAACGUGGCUGCAAAAUAAUAAUUGGCAAUGCCAUAUAUUAACAUUUGGCAAGAAUAUGGAAAUCAUUUAUUUAAUGUUAAAAGUUAAAAUUCUCAACUAAAAUUUAAUUUUAUUCAAUUUAUUGAUUAACGAAAUUUAUAUCGAUAUAUAAUAGCAGUGUUUAAACUUGAAGAAGAAACAACUAUAUCGCUUCACAAAAGAUUUCAGUAAAAGCCUGUUGGUUAUGUAUGCAGAAUUCUAAUCAUGCUCUCAAGAAUGAUAAAGAAUGCGUCAUGUUGAGAAAAAUAGAGUCCUUAAUCUUGAGAAUGUAAUUGUGAUGAAAGAAAUUUAGUCAUGGUUAAUGGAAAACUUUGAAAUGUUGAGUUUUUAUCUUGCUGAUUAAAAAGAAUAGGCAUAAGAUGAAAUGCCUAAUGCAGAACAUUAACCAAAACAUACCAGAAGAAAUUAAAACAUUACAAUCAAACCAUAAUGACAUCAGUUAAAAUGAGUAAUAGAAAAUAGUUAGCAGUAUGAGAAAAACAUUCAUUAAUAGUAGAAUUAAUACAUUGAUAUCUAUGCAAUGUCUCACAUCGGAUGAUUUAUCUCCUUACGAGAAUUAAUAAAUCUAUUUAAUAUGAAGCACAUUUAAAAUAGUUACUAUUAUAAAAAUGAGAUAUUAUUAUUAUUAUAAAUAUGAUCUACUUAAAAGUGAUGUGGGCCAAUUUCUUUUUUUAUAUUCUUAGAUUGCGCGUUUUUUUUUUGUUUUUGUUUUUUUGUUUUUUUUUAAAUAUCCCGAUUAGCAAUACCAAGUAAUUAGAAGUUACUUAUAAAAAAAGCAAACUCAAUUUGAAGCAUAUAAUUUCUGAAACAAUGGCAGCUAUUGUAAUAUUUGCUUCAUAACAGAGUUUCCCAGAUAAUCUUUUCAAGACUACAAUAAUUAGAUCUAUUAAGGCGUUAUUGGAUCUCAUGAAUAAAUUUUCUAAAUUUUCACUUAGGAGUAAAUGAAUAUUUAUUAGAAGAAUAUGAAAUAAAUAUUUGCUAAAUAAACAUUUAAAAAAGCAUAUAUAUAUAUAUAUGCGCGCAUAUAUUGCAAUACGAAAUAAUAUUAUUUUUUGAACAUAUUUCCAUUCCAAUAAAGAAAAUAUUUGUAGAACACAUUAUUUUCAAAGGAUCCUUCUGCCAUCAAAAUGGACCGACCACAUUUUUCUUCCAAUAUGUGGGUAUGCCAUAUCUUAGAAUGGUUUUCCUUUUCAUAAAAUUGAAAAGUUUUUUUAUGCUGAUUUAAUUCAGAGUGGUAAACCCAUAUAUGGAAAGAAGCAAUAAUGAUGGAGAUUCAAAAACAUUCAAAAGAUUAUGCAAACGUUCUAGCACAGGUUUAAAUAAUAGAAUAAAAUUUGUAUAUUAAAUAUCAUUGACGCUAUAAAUUGGCAUCAUAAUCAGAUUACUAAUAUAAUAAAAACAAAACAGCACAGAUUUCAUCAUUAUGAGAAUGAUUUUAAUUAUGCACUGACUCUGUUUAACUAUUUUUUCCAUAGAACUUUGCUCAAACAAAAUGUAAAACUAAAUUUUAUAGUAAUACUUUCCAAUAUUUGAAAACUUUUCUUGCAGAAUAAAUGUUCUAAAAUCUUAUCUUGCAGCAUAGAACUUUAAAAUGUGAGUUUAAAAUGGUGAUUUCAAAACAAUCGAAUCAAAAGUAUAUGAAAUGGGGAUCCUGAAAAUUAGAAAAACUAUUUAAAAUUUCUUAUUUCAGUUUUUAGCAUUUUUAUAAAGUAUUUUUUUUUAUUUUCAAAAUUUCUGGAAUUAUUUAAUUAAUUCUUAAUUAUUUUAAUUAUUCCUUUACAAAUGUCAUUUUGCAUUUUAUUCUAAUUCGAUAAUCCUCAAGCGUUCUUUUAAAGUGUGUACAGCAAAACACUAUUUAAAUCGUUUUCUUUUAAAAUUAAUUUAUAUAGUUAUGGAUGAUUUUUUUAACAAAAUACGUUACUAAAUUAAUAAUAUGUCCUAUUAUUUUAUAUAAUUUUCUCAAGACCGAAAAAAUUUUAAGAAUUAUUAUUUUUUUAAUUAAUUUUUUAUGAAAAAUCACCCAUAAAAAUUACUUUUAUGUUUGCAUAAAUUCUGAAUGUUGCAUCUCCUCUUUAUCCCACCGUUUCUUUUAUACUUGAGAACUAGCUUGUAAUUUAUUGACAAAAACUAUGAUUCAUUCAUUUCUUUGUGUUAAAACUGAAAAGAAAAUUUAAUGGAGAAAUAUCAUUAAAUACUUUUAAUUAUUGAAUUAUAUUAAUCAAUAACAAUUUAUUAAUUAUCUGAAAUACGAUAUAAGAUUAUUUGAAGAAACUUUUAGAUUAAAUAAUAUUUUGGAAUUUCUUAAUAAAUAAAAUCGUUUGAAGAAAUUGAAUGUUGUUUUUAGCAUAACAUUAUUUACUGUUGUUGUGGUUUUCAAUUAUUAAUAUUAUUAGUUCAGUUCUUUUUUAAUAUAAUAAUUUUUGAAACUCAUUGUAAUCUAAAUCUCUUUCCAUAAUAUUUUGAAUAAUUUACUCAUAUGAAAUAUAUAUUUAAUUGAACAGUAAUCAGUUUUUGUUACUAAAUUGCAAUGCUUCAAAUGUUAUAUUUUAUGUCCUACCACAAAUGAUAAUGAAGACACCGCAUUAUAAUUAAAAUUAUGGAGCUGUAUUUGGCGGCAAAAAUAAAAGUUAAAUAUGAUAUUGAUUGUCAAUUAUUUUUGAUGAUUUUAUUUAAGAUCUCCCUCAAUUUCAUUUAUAGUAAUUUCUUUACCAUAUAUUUUCAUUUUGAUUUUCAGAUCAUACAGUUUUUUAAUCUUUUUCUUUUGCCGCUAUUUGUGUUUGUGUAAAUCUAUAGAUUGUACAUUCUUGUGCCAUAUAUGUAUGCUUUGUUGUCAUUUUGUACAUGUGUGUUCGCUUCUUUUUUACAUAUGUGCGUGCCAUUAUUGAAUAAAAUCUCAUAGUUUCUUAUGAUGCUGAAAGACUAGACUUCAAGUAUUGCCAAACAUAUUACUUGGAGCAGCUAUAUAUUAAAUAUGUUAGCUUUAUAGAAAUAUGUGAUAGCUGUAUUGUCAUGCGAAAUUGCAUUUAAUGGAUUCUAAUUACUUGAUACAUUAAAGUUUUCCUUGUAUUUUGAAUUCUUUUCAAACUGAAUUUGUAAAAAGAAUUGACAUUUUCCUUAUUAGUGACUUCCCAAUUAUUUCAGGAAAUAUAGAAGAUAUUAAGUUGCAAAAAUUUAAUAGGUUGUUUUUUUUUCACAGUAAAUUUUUAUUUUAUAUGUAUUUAGUAUGAAUAUUAUUUCAAAUAAGCACUUUUCUAAUUAUUCUAAACAAUUCCUCUUGCAAUGGUGAAAUAUUUAAUUCUCUGUGUACAUGCAUUCAAAGAUGAAAAGAAUAUUUUAUUGUACAUUUUCUUGAAACAAUGUUAGAGUUGUUCAGUUGCUUAUAGUGUUGUUUAUUGGUCAUAAAUGUUGCUUCCUGUAUUUUCGUAAAUCGUUGCAUUGUUGAGAAUGUAUAAGCUGUUGUUUAUAAAAUGUUUAUCACCAUAUUGUAUCGUAAAUGUGUUGCACUCUGUUUCUAACCACCAAUAGUCGUGUCUAUAAAGGUAGAGUCCCUCUAAAAAUCAUCAUAUUGGAAAGAAAUUCGUGAAAAGUCUAGCUUGAAUAUUUAUAUUUAUUGUUCCUUUUGCAGCUAUAAAAAAAUAACCAUUUGAUUCCUUAUAUGAAUAUUUGAUACAGUUUGCAGUCAACAAAGUAUUUUUAUACUGUUGCCAAAGAGAAACUACGAAAGAAAAUAGAAAUCUAAAUACAAAUAUGUAGUGAAGUGGUUUGAUCAAUUAAAUCUUGAUACAAUUCAUACAAUAAAAUCUGUUAUGUCGAAAUUAACUUGUAAAAUUUCUUUUAAAAAACUUGUAAAAAUUAUUAAAUAAAUUUAGUUAAGUGGGAGGCAAUUCUCCAUUUUCAUAAGGCUUAACAAAUCAGGGAUAAAUAUUUAUUUAAAUUCAUUAUGAUUUAAUUUUAAAAGUAAACAAAGUCAUGUAACUUUAAAUGCACAUAAACCAAAGAUAUAUAAAGAUAUAUUUUUUUUAUUUCUAUGAAUAAUUUUAUUUUUGUCUUAUGUAUGAUUUAGUUUAUACCAUUUGUUAUUUGAGAAAUAAUUGUCCUCGUGUUUUCUUCUAAAUAUUAAGCCCGAGAAAAGUAUUUAAAAGAUAUUUAUUUCAAAUUUCUUUUUUCUUCAAUUACUACGAAUUUUACGUAACAGUUUCAUCUUUUAAUGAUUCCUUCUGUGUUUAAACCUUAAGUUCCAAGUUUCAGUUGUUAAAUAAUCUACGGCCUUAAGUAUAUUACUUUAAUUUUGGAAAACACACUGCUGAUAAUUUAAGACAAGAAAUAUGUUUUGAUACAGAUUUUUUUUAUGUUAUGAUUUUAUAGGUCAUUAAUAUUAAGAUUAUAUGUUUUAUUUAUCCAUUAUUAAGGAAAAUGAAAAUGUAAGAUUUUUUUAAAGAAAUAGAAUAUGCAUUUCUGUUUAAAUUGUUUGAUCACUGUAACAGCUGCUAUGUAAAAAUUACUUUUUCCCAUUUACAACAUUUUAUAUCGAUUCUGAAUUAAAUUUUUAA